UAAAGAUGUGUAAAUGGUCUGAAAAAUCUUAACAGUAAAGUUUCAACUUCAACUAAAUACGUAUACGUACGUAUCCAAUUUCAUAGAACGGCAGAUCCAUUAAAAACAUAGUGUCGAAUAUAAAUUCUGCCAAAUAUUCAAAUACAUAAUACAUACGUAUUUGAGAUACAUAUUUCCACCUAAAAUGUCAAUUUCCAUCGCUUUGGAAAACCAUUUGAUUUUUGCCCGGAUCGCCACCCACAUGCCCACCCGGGACUUGAAGGAGACCCGAUUGGUGUCCAAAUUAUGGGAAAAUGAGGCCAACCUGAUCCUCCGAAAAAGGACGAAAUUCUCAUACAUAGCGUAUCAUAAAUCCAACUUAAUCUCACCCUUUCCUUCAGUGAACGUUAAACUACUACCCGCCAUUUCCGUCGGCUACAGCCCCUGCCAUCAAAUUGAAGAUAUGCGCGGGAAGGAUCCCUCUUUUCGCCAGGGUUUCGUAGAAUUCGCAUUAAAAAACGGGGAACACAUCGAACAGUUUUAUUUCCACAUGGCGGACGUUUUCUACUCCGCGAUGACCGUGCUUCUAGGCGGGAUAGAAUUUCAGAAGUUGACCCGAUUGGAAAUUCGGAUUUGUAAGACAGACGACCCGCAAUUUCCUUUCUCCGAAGUUCCCGGCCAGUUUAACAUGCCUAAUUUGAAGCAAUUUCGGAUAGUGAAUAAUAUUUAUGUAAAGAGCCAUAUGGGGUAUCAAGCGAUGGCUUGCGGAAUUUUGAAACAGGCGGGGAAAUUGGAAAGGUUGAAUAUAUUUGAUGUUGGUACCAUAUUCUUCCCAGAUUUGUCCGGUUGCCGGAGACUUGUAUAUUUCCGGUGGGACUUUAACCCUUUCAAGGCUCGGAGGACGUAUCGGGAUCCGUGCCAACUGUGUGACAAUUUCGGUCAAAAAUUUACGCAAGUGCUGGCCCAGGUUUCCGAAAGUUUGCAAAAUUUCAUAUUCGGACUGAAUGAAAUGACCACAGAUAUUCGGAGAGUACAGAUUUGGAGAAUGUUCCCGAACUUGAAAAAAUUGACGGUCCGGCUUUACGGGGAGAUGGAGACCCCCACGCAGAUGACGCAAUGGAAAGAAUUCUUCCAAAAUAUGCGCACAUGUGCGUGGCACGUGGUGCAGAUAACGAUGCACAUCCACAUGAGGUGUAGUUUCUCCGAGUUGAUGGAAGCCAUGGGGGGCACGGAAGAAGAAGGCGAAGGGGGCAAUUGUGCAAGCGGAAUGGAAGAAGAUUCUAGCCACUCUGGAACCGAAUUGCCACAAAUCCCGUCAUUUGUGGAUGUGGAGACGCAAAACGUAAGAGUAAUAAGCUUCCUACGGUCAAAAAGAUGGACGGACCCAGGAUGCCGAAAAUUUGAGAAGGUUUUAAAACUAUGGCAGCCUAACUUGUCGAUCGAAGAGUUUGAGGCGAGUUACAUAUGCGUGUUUAUUGAAUACAGUAAAUGCCCUAUUCAUAACCGGGUCUUCAACCCAAGCUGUCGAAAUUUAGUAACCGGGUCGAAUUUAUUCGAAGUUCAACGCUGCAUUGAUUGUAUCCUUCCCAGUUUGCGGAUGACUCCACCCUAUCAAUCCCACCCCUUCUACUCGACCAUGUCUAAUCCACCCCACCAUUUCAACCCCGAGGAUGAUUAGGGGUAGAAUGGACAGGGGUUGAGUGAAUUUGCUCGGGGGGAAUUUGCAUGGGGGUGGGAUCAUCAUCCUGAUUCCUGGUGGAAAUGAUGGGAUAGAUUACGCGAGUGGGAGUUGAUGGGGUGGAAUUUAUCGG